GAGGGAUGGGUUGUGUUUGCAGAAUAUUCCCAAACCGGGCUCGAGCUCGCAGGCUCCUCCACCUCCGGGCCGUUUCCCCCCCGAACCCGGCUGAGUCGGAGAGGAGGGGGCGGCAGAGGAAGAGGAAAAAAGUGGAGGGCCGAUCCCUGCUCGGGAGAGUAGGAACCCCGCUUCUUCCCCCCACCCCCCAAAAAAAUAGGCCACAGGAUCCGCCAGGGAGGAGACAGGCCUUGGCCUGAGAGAACCGGACCCAGGGAGGAUCUUGGGACUCCAGCGGCAAAGAGCGGGGCCGCGGUCCCCUGAGCUCCACCGCUCCCUCCGGAGCUGCUGUGUCCCGCCCCCGGAAAGCUUGGGGCUAAACAGCCACCCCCUCCCUCCACCUUCUCGCCACCCCCAUCCCCCACCCAGACUUUCCAGCUGCAGCUGGAGAGACUCAGAUGGAAAAACUGAGACAACCUCUCGUCCUCAGGCUAAAUUAACCGAGUAAAGGUUGUGGAAAGAUGACUCGGCCAGGGAGCCAUGGGAACUGAAUUCUAACCGAAGCGCGUCCAUGCAAGUCUUACCACUUGGGACUUUCAGGAGCAGGCCCGGCAAAGAUCCAGGCCAGAGGCACGGCAUCAGCUUGGGACAGUAUGAGAACGCAAAAGAUUCAGUUACUCCAAUGCACAAGAAAGAGCAGACUGGAGGCUGUAAGUGCCCACCUUCCAUCUUGAGACGGAAGCCACCAGAGUACUCUGUGACAGGUGACAGAAAAAGGGCUGAGAGGCGGGUACGCUUCCAAGAGCCCGAGGGGACGGCUGUGCAUGACGACAUCUGCAUGGACACCAUUGUAGCCCCAGACAGGUGGUCAUCUGGGUGCUCUCUGUUCCUGUGCCUCUGCCUUUGUAUCCUGCUUGGCUUAGCCCUGAGCCUCUAUUGUGGUCACACCAAGCUGGGCUCAAAAGCCCUAGAAGAAUUCCGAGCCUGGAUCCUCUUCGUCCUCCUUCGGGUAAGACACAUGGCCGUGACCUUCUGGAAGUGGUUUGGGAGGCAGUGACAGGCCUCCACAGAGCCCCAGCAUUUGUACAGCUGCAGCCCUUCUGCUUUUCUCCGUUUGAGGAACCUCUUCAGUUGCAAUUCAGAAAAACGACUUCUAUAGCCCUAUACCCUCCAAGGCAAUGAAUGGUGGCAGAGCCUGGAAUAUGAGAGGUUCUGACAUGAAGUCCCAGGAAGCUGAGGGUCUUCUGAGCUGCAUAGUCAAGUUCAAGGAGAAACAAACAGUGGGUCUACUAAAAAAGCUCCAACCACCCAUGUUCUAAUGGGUUCUCCAGGGCCAGGAGUAAGUGGGUUAUAAGAACUUCUCUCUAUCGCUACUAAAAUACACAUGCAUGCCUACAUACACACACACACACACACACACACAUAUGCAUACACAGGCAUAUACACACACAGGUUCAGAGCUGGAAGUGAUCUCAAAGAACAUCAGGUUCAAUUUGUAGUUACCUGGGAGAAUCCCUUCUCAACAAGUCCAAUAAGUAGUUAUCCAGCCUCCACCUGAACACUUCUAGUUAUGAGGAUCUCAUUAUGUUCAGGGGCAAACCACUCCACUUUGGGUCAAUUCUAAUCAUCGGGGACUUUUACCUUAAACUGUACUAAAACCUGCCUUUUAUUAACUUUCACCCAUUUCUCCUAAUUCUGCCCUCUGGACCAAACAGAAUAAGUCUCCCCCAUGAUAGCCCUUCGGGUCACUGAGUGUAGUGACCGGUGUAUCUGCUGAGUUUUCCCAUCUCUAGGCCAAAUAUCCCCAGGUCUGUCAACAUAUCCUCAUACAGGGGGGCAGUUAGGUGGCGCAGUGGCCCUGGAUUCAAGAGGACCUGAGUUCAAAUCCAGCCUCAGACACUUGACACUAGCUGUGUGACCCUUGGCAAGUCACUUAACCCUCAUUGCCCCACAGAAAAAAAAAAAAGCAUAUCCUCAUACAGGAUGGUCUUCAGUUCUCAUCAUUUGGGUCAUCCUCCUCCCUACACAGUCCAGCUUUUUAGUGUCUUUCCUAAUAGGUAAUAUGCAGAAAUUCAUACUAGCUAUGUGUGUGCCAUGGCAGAGGCCAGCCAGAUGAUCGCCUCCUUUGUUCUGGACACUAGGACUCUUUUAAUGCAACCUAUAAUUGCAUUUGCUAUUUUGGUUACCCAGUCAUCCUGUUCACUCAUAUUGAGCUUGUGGUAAAUCAGUUAAUCCCAUGUAUACUUAUCCCCAUUCACAUAUAUGCACUUACCAACACGUGCAUACAAGCAUACACAUGCAUGUGCACACACACACACACACACACACACACACACACUCCUCUAGAACUCUCAGAAGCCCAGACACUGCCAGGUUAAACUGCUGUUCCACUAAUCUCAAACUGGACUCAUGUUACUAUAAUUUUUAUCAGGGAACACUGGAUCUUGAGCACAUCACUUUCUCAAUAAUUAAAGAA